GAAAUUAAAAUAUUAAAUCCAACAGUAAUGAAAUAUUUGGUAAAUUAUCAGGAAUUUACCAAGCUGUGCAAAUUUUCGGACAAGCAAUUGACAAAUAAAUAUCAUAACAAUAAUAUUUUCAAAGAUUCGCCAAAAGGAGUGCCCGACGAAAUUAAAAACUUACAUCCCUUAUAUCUGUCAACAGUUGAAUUGAAAAAACUUUCUUUUGAUUCAAUAUUAAAAGCUCGUGGAGUUUGCGAACAGCCAGAAAUUCGAAAGGAAUAUAAACAUUAUACAGAAAUUAUUGAAUUUUUAAAAAAAUUAAAUAUUCAAUUCACGCCAAAUAAUAAAGGAAAAAAAUUUUCAAAACAUGACCGUAAAAAUUUUAAAAUAAUAACAAAAUAUAAUCCGGCAGCUAACAAAGAGAACGCAAUCAACUAA